AUGAAUGAUGGGCUUAAGAGAGCAGUGGAGAGUGUGGUACUAGCUCUAAUAAUGGGAUUGACCUCUUAUUCAGUGGGUUUGAUACCGUUAAGGCUUCCUUUAUCACAAAAGCAAAUAAAUUUAACUUCAUUUUUUAGUAUGGGGAUAAUAUUGGGAACUGCGUUAGUUAUUGCUAUUCCCGAAGGAAUUGAAACAUUAUACCAAUCGGUAGGUGACAAUAACAAUGAAUUAAUUCCUAGAUAUAUUGGUUUAGGAUUAGUAGCGGGUUUUAUCAUUAUGUACAUUAUUGAUCAUUUAUAUGUUAUUUUACAUUCCUUCAACAUUGAAUUGAAGUCUAUUAAUGAAAUUCAUUACAGUGGAUCAUAUAGAGAGUUAUUUACAUCCAUAUUUACAUCGUCAUUAACAUUAGGACUUAUUUUUCACGCAAUGAUUGAUGGAAUAUCACUAGGUUCAUCGUUUAGUAAAUCCCAUGAAGAGAGCUCAAUUGGAUUAAUACUCUUUACUAUGAUUAUUAUUCAUAAAUUGCCAACUUGCUUUAGUCUUUCGUCGUUAUUAAUGAAAGAAAAAAUGAAUACUUCAGUUCUAAAGUUUCAUAUAUUAAUAUUUGCAUCUAUAACUCCAUUAAGCUCAAUAUUAACAUUUAUAUUCAUGUCCUUAUUUCAAUUACAAAAUGAUUUUAUUGUUGGCAAUUUACUUGUGUUCAGCGGUGGUACUUUUCUCUACGUGGUAACGCACGUAAUGCUAGAAGUCUCGUCUACAGACAAUACUAUCCCGCAAUCUAGUGGGAGUGAGGAUACAUUAUAUUACUCUCAUCAAUCACCAAUUGAAGGAAUUGAUUUACUCGCAUCAUUAAUAGGUACAGGUGUACCGAUUUUGAUUAGUUUCUUUGGAGAACAUUGA